UUUCCUCAAUUUUCAAACAUUUUGUGAUGUAAAUGCAUUUGCAUUGUUGUUGGGUUCUCUCUUUGGCUAGCAGAAAAGCUAGAGAGGGAAAGAUAGGAGAGAGAAAACAAAGCUCAUCAGGUGUUUGAAGAAAGGAGUAGGGGUUCUUCUUCCGUUAAAUGUACUAGCUAGAGACAGUCUCUUCAAAGAAUUUUGUUUUAAUUUUGGUGCGUCAAAGUAUUUCUCUUUCACAUUCAAUUCUUUGGGAUCUGGUUGUUGUGUAUAUGUGCUUUUUCUUGGUUUCUCCUUGUCGGGUUUUUGCGAAAAUUUCUGUUAAAGAUUGAACCUUUGGAUACUCUGUUUCUUGAAUAUCUUGUCGAUUCUUGUGUGGUUUUUCUUUUCUUGAUUUGCAAUUUUUCUUUACUGUUCGAAGUGAAAUACUAAAUUCACUGGAUUUCACACUUCAAUCCCAAAGUCUCUGAAUACAAUUUACCCUUUUACUCCUACUCUGUUGUCCUCAUCUAAACCUAAUCUUCAGGAAAGCUCAAAUCUGGGGUUUUCAUGGUCUGGUCCAAUUUUAAUUAGUUCUCUUUUCAGUCAAUGUCAAAACAGUAUACGUCUAUUAAAUUUUUGAAAAAUGAAUUAAAAGGGUUCUUUUCGCUAUGGGGUUCUGAUUUUUGAAACCGAAGGUUUAUUCUGGUGGAAGCUUUUUUAAGCUUUAAUUCCUUUUGCUUUUUGGAGAUUAAGAUUGAUUUUACAGUAGAAAGGGGGAAAAAAGCUUUGAUGCAUAUCUCACUUUGGAAGCCAUUAUCGCACUGUGCUGCUCUAAUCUUGGACAAAAAGAGCAGAAGAAAAGAUGACUCUGAUCACUCAACAGAAGAAAUCAAGAGAAACCCUUUAAUUCUGAGGAAAUUGCAAGAGCAUAGGCUGAUGGAGGCUCUUGAAGAAGCAUCUGAAGUUGGAUCUCUUGUUAAAUCCCAAAACAUUGAUUCUGAUUCCAUGGUCAAUCAAGAUGAGGCUUUGGGCCGAUCACGAUCACUUGCUCGACUAAAUGGACAGGCAGAGUUCCUUAGAGCCACUGCCAUUGCAGCUGAGCGCACAUUCUGUUCUUGUGACUCCAUUCCUGAGCUUGUAGAGGCAUUCUCUAAGUUCCGCACGAUGUAUCCUAAGUAUCAGUCAUCGGAGAGGAUUGAUCAGCUGAGGGCAGAUGAGUACUCACAUCUCUCUGUUGCCAAUUCAAAGGUAUGUCUUGACUACUGUGGGUUUGGAUUGUUUUCAUUGCUACAAACAGUUCAUUAUUGGGAAUCGUCUACAUUUAGCUUGUCUGAGAUUACUGCAAAUUUGGGAAAUCACGCUUUAUAUGGGGGAGCUGAGAAAGGCACCAUUGAACAUGAUAUAAACACGAGAAUAAUGGACUAUUUGAAUAUCCCUGAGAAUGAGUAUGGCCUUGUAUUUACUGUAAGUCGUGGCUCAGCCUUUAAACUGUUAGCUGAAUCCUAUCCAUUUCAAACGAACAAAAGGUUGUUGACCAUGUUUGAUCAUGAUAGCCAGUCUGUGAAUUGGAUGGCUCAGAGUGCUAGAGAGAAAGGUGCCAAAGUUAAUAGCGCAUGGUUUAAAUGGCCUUCUCUCAAGCUCUGUUCGACUGAUCUGAGGAAACAAAUUUUGAACAAACGGAAGAGGAAGAAAGACUCCGCUGUUGGCCUUUUUGUUUUCCCUGUGCAGUCCAGAGUUACAGGUAUGAAGUACUCGUAUCAAUGGAUGGCCCUGGCUCAACAGAACAACUGGCAUGUUUUGCUUGAUGCUGGGUCAUUGGGCCCAAAGGACAUGGAUUCCCUUGGAUUAUCUUUGUUUCGACCAGAUUUCAUUAUCACUUCUUUCUACAGAGUGUUUGGCUAUGACCCUACUGGAUUUGGAUGUCUUUUAAUCAAGAAAUCUGUGAUGUCAAGCCUUCAGAAUCAGUCUGGUCAUGCUGGGUCGGGUAUAGUGAAAAUUACUCCUGUGUUUCCUCUGUACUUGAGCGAUUCAAUGGAUAAUUUUCCCGGAUUUGUUGAGGACGAAGAAGUCAGUGGGGAUGAAGUCAACUCGGAAACUCGUCCAGUGUCUCAGUUGCCUGCCUUUUCUGGUGCUUUCACAUCUGCACAGGUGAGGGAUGUAUUUGAAAAUGAGAUGGAGCAUGAUAACAGUUCUGAUAGGGAUGGGACAAGCACUAUUUUUGAGGAAACAGAGAGUAUUUCUGUUGGGGAGGUAAUGAAAAGCCCUGUCUUUAGUGAAGAUGAAUUGUCGGAUAACUCACCGUGGAUUGAUUUGGGUCAGAGUCCACUUAGUUCUGGUAAAGCUGGUCAGUUCAACAAACUCAGCGUGGCCUCUCCAUCACCACCAGUUUGGUUCUCUGGCAGAAAAGCUCGUCAGCAAAUUUCUCCGAAAGCACUAUCAAGCAGCCAGAUGUUUGACAAGGAAUUGAAUCCAGGACAUCAUGUUGACCACCAUGUAUUAUCAUUUGAUGCAGCUGUUCGAUCAGUAUCUCAAGAAUUGGACCAUUUUAAGGAGAUUCCUGAAGAAGAACAAAUUACUGAAAGAAAUGAGGCUUUGAGAGAAUGUAGAACUCCAGACUAUCAUCAUUUUCAGGAAAUUGAAGAAGAAACCGAUACCAACAAACCACUGGAUUCUGCUGUGAAUGGAUACGGUCCCAACAACUUAUCUUCUGCUUCUAAUCAUAUAAGCAUUCAGAGUGGCUCAGCUUCAGAGAUAUUCCCCGCUACAAAGGAAAGUGCGAUAAGACGAGAGACAGAAGGUGAGUUUAGGUUGCUGGAAAGGAGAGAGAGGAGUAGAAUUGCAGGUGGUAGAUUUUUUGGCAUAGAAGAGACGGAGCAGCCUGGAAGCAGGGGAAGAAGGGUAUCCUUCAGCACUGAAGACAAUAACAGAGCUUGUCUUAGCCAUACUCUGGAGCCAGGAGAAUUAUCAGCCACCAGCCUCGACGAUGAGGAUUACCUUAGUAAUGGGGAAGGUGAACAAGAGCUGGGCAGGACUGAACCCGAGUUAAUCUGUAAGCAUCUUGAUCACAUAAACAUGUUGGGUCUCAACAAGACAACCUCGCGACUCCGAUUCCUGAUUAAUUGGCUUGUAACUUCAUUGCUUCAGUUGAGAUUCCCGGGUUCAAACGGAAAGGACAGUGUACCACUUGUUCAGAUCUAUGGCCCGAAAAUUAAAUAUGAAAGAGGUGCAGCUGUUGCAUUCAAUGUGAGGGACAGAAACCGGGCUAUGAUUAGUCCAGAAGUUGUUCUGAAGCUGGCCGAGUCACAGGGUAUCUCUCUUGGUGUUGGCAUUCUCAGUCACAUUCGGAUUCUGGAUAGCUCCAAACAGCAACAAGGAUCUUCGAGUCUUGAGGAUACAACCCUUUGCAAGCCAAUGGAAAAUGGCAGACAAGAUGGUAAAAGCGGAUUUGUUAGAUUUGAGGUUGUCACUGCUUCUCUUGGCUUUUUGUCCAAUUUCAACGAUGUUUAUAAGUUGUGGGAAUUCGUGGCUAAAUUUCUUGAUCCAGCCUUUGUCAAAGGGGGAGUCCUUGCGCCUGUUGCAGAAGAGGUAGAAGCAUGAGGCCUGAAACUUGUGUUACUGUUCUAUAUUUCCUUUACCCAUUACAAGGGGGAGAAGCAGAGAUGUAUUGCCAGUCGAUGGUUCAAUAUCAGGGGCAAAUGGUUCAUUUCAGGAACGGCAGACGAUUCAAGUGUAAGAGAAACAAAAGAUGGAAACGUUUUGGAUAGAUUUCUUUUGCCCCUCUUCCUCCAAGUAGAUGGCUCGUUCAUUUGCUUGGAAUUUUUGCUUUUACCUUCUGGGGUUUUGUAGAGUUAGUGUUAGAAAUAUAUUUUGUCUCAAAUGGUAAUGAAGAAUUAGAGCAGAUAUAAAUGCGUGUAAUAGCUUGUUAUUGACCAAAGUAAUCUGAUGGACAAAAAUCUUCUAAUUUUGCUUGCU